AUGCCUUCUGCGGAUUCCGGUCCAAGUAUUAUUCUGCCAGCGACCUUAUCUCAUUUCGUAAUAUUCAACCCUACUCUUCGGCCUGAUAUACCCAAAUCAGAUAAUAAGGAUGAUGACGAUGACUUGAGAGAAGCUGGACAGAUCCUCUUCUAUACUUCCCGAGAGGCAGGAGGGGUAAGUCGGGAUAGGAUGUUGAGACAAGUUGGAUUAGCAAAAGGUCUUAUGGGAUUUGCUGAUAUGCUAUCGGAUUCGUUGUCUAAAUACUGGGCAAUUCAUGCGAAUCGAUCUCGACUGAUCGUCUUUACUCCCGAGCCAGACUUCUUCAUCUACAUUUGUGUAACGCCAUCGCAUGCAGAUAAUGAGAAGAAGGACCCUGCUAUGGGCUCACAGGGUGUCUCCGAUGAGAUGCUGGUUGAUGGGCUUGCAAGAGGAUAUGAAGAUUUCAGACUUCUACAUGGACCACUAUCCUCUCAACUCCCAGUAUCGAAUUCACUUUCAUCGACUCUCGAUAAAUUCUUCACUCGCUUUGCAUUCCAAUUCGAAUCUACACAUCUCAAUACACCUUCAAUCACUCAAUGGGUAGAUGGCUAUCCUCCUCCAUCUAUCUCAUCAGGCUUAUUUGACGAAUUCGCUAAUUGCCUCGGAGCGGAAGAUUCUUUGAUUGUGGUAGGACAAGAAGGACCUCUAUAUGUAGACCAAUCAGUGAAAGAUCAACCUCUGAUUAGAUAUCUAUAUAAUCUGGUCCAAGCGACACUUCCUACUCCUGUGGUCAAUCAAGCGAUUUCAAUAAUAAAGGAAGAUAGGCAGACAUUAGGUUUUGGACUGAAUCAUCUUGGCUUAGGGCGAAAAUCACAGACUUCAAGGAAAGCAAGUUGGGCUACUUUGGGUGGAUGGGUACCUGAGAUAAGACGAAGCUCAACACCGUCAAUCAAGACUGAGCCAGAUAGAGUUGAGCCUCCGUUAGAUAUAGCUAGAGAUGAUAGUAAGGGGAAAUGGGGAUUCGGUUUAGGAGGAUUAGCCGAUGCUAUGGGUAAUGUGGGGACAGCAUUUGGUUUGGGAAGACCAGCUACUCCUAUUCAAGGUCAAGACAAAGUCACUCACACCGCAUCUAAUCUGAAAAUCGACUCCAACGAAAUCCCUCCAUCACAAUCUUCGCUAACGGAUACGGAACCCUUAUCUCCCGAAUCACAUCACGUAGAACAAAGUGCUAUUGCCGUUUCUGAGCUAGAAGCCGCGGUCGAAUUAGAUGAAGAGAUUGAUUGGGAUGCCCGUUCCUUGUGGAUACACGGAGAAAAUGGAGAAAUCGCGAAAAGGAGGAUUUGUUGGGUUAUUCGCGAUAACAUAAUUAUCGCCGUCGUAUUUCCAUCGAAGGCGACAAUGCCUUACAAUACUCCGUCAACCAAACAAACGUUGAACCUGUUUGCGAAGAUUUCGCAAGGUCUUUCGCAAGGUCUAUCACCAUCAGAACCACCGGUAUCGACGAAUCCUUGUAUCGUGUCGUUGAGUCAAGACGUGAUUGUAAAGGCAGGGAUCAUGGAUACUUCCUCGGAACAAUCUAUCGUGUCAUUAAAAUCGAUACUGAGAAAUGAUUCGGCUGUCAACGAGAUUUUCGCCAAAACUUCUUUAUCCCAAUUCCUCGUUGCUAAACGUAAUGAAGAUAAAGAAUUGUACAUGAACAUUGGGUCGAAAGAUGUCAGUUUGACGGAUGCAGAUCAUGUCGUAAGAACGUUCGUAAAGCAAAACCCAGGACUUGCUGUAUGA